GCUAGCAGCAGUCACGGCGGACAAACGGCGUGAGGAAGGCCCAUGUGAAGGCACUGGUAUUCUCAUGGCGGGAGAGAACAACAGCAACGGCGGUGGAGUGUCCAAGCAAGAAGCUAGUGCCAAGAAACCAGAGGGUCGAGGAAGCAAUGGUGUGGCGGUCACUGCGGAAGACCUUGCCCUUCGGGAGGACAUCUGCUACCAGAUCUUCGGAGAUGUCGGACCGCUCAUCAGGGACUUCUCGUGCGCGUGGGACCACAAGGUGGUGAUGCACGGCCGAAUGUACGUGACCGAGCGAAGGCUGUGCUUCUACGCCAACUUUUUCGGGCUGGAGGCGAAGAUGUCCUUGAGGCACGAAGAUGUCGCGAGGUGCAGCAAGGGCAACUCGGCUAUCUUCAUCCCCAAUGUCGUCGUCGUGCAGGACAAAUCCGGAAAGGACUUUGUGUUCCGAGCGUUCUGGGAAAGGGACGAGUGCCACAGCCUGCUGGAAGAUCUGAGGCGCGAGGCAGGAGACGUCCUUGCCCGGGCAGAACAAGCCAAGUUCAAGACGCUGGUAGAGGACGCCGACGGGGACGGCGGGGAAGGCGACCGCCAGUUGCCGCCAUCGGGGACUUCGUCAGAUGCGGCGCAGGGGUCGGGGGCGGGGUGGAGGGCUAAUAGCUGGGACGGGGAGGCGAGCCGGCCGGGUUUUCAGAGCAAUGUGGGUGUGUUUUUGUCAGGACACCAGCGAGCGUCUUGGCGACCGGGAGGGAGCGGGUACCCGCUUGUAGAAGAUCUCUCCGCGACGACGGCUUCGCCUGUUUCUCCACCGCCAGCGAGCGUGUCCCAAAAGCUGGCGCCGUCCGCGCUGCCUCGAGAGAGCAGCAGCUCUUCCUCCUCAGAGGUUAGCUUCGGCAGGAGACCGCGCGUCAGGCACUCCGUGUCGCCGCCGCCGGUGCGGACCACCACCUACUCCGGCGGCGGCGGCGGCGGCGGUGGCGGAGCAUCGGGCUCUUCAUCGCUCCCGACCUCCCCGAGAGGGAUGUCCGCCGCCCCCGCCGGCGCCGGCGCGGCGGCCACCACCGCGAGGGGGAGAUCCUACUCGAUGACCCCGGGGGGAGACGGCGGCGGCGGCAUGGUCAGGGCCUCGACGAUCGGCAGCAGCUGUAGCAGCAGCGGCGGCGGCGGGGCCGUUCCCCCUAGGCCGGCCAAGCUCGGCCUGGCGGUUUUGGGGGCUGAUCAUGACAUGCCUUCCCCGGCGCCGCCGCCGCAGCCGCAGCCGCUUUACCUGAACGGGGACGACGGUAGUGGGCGGCGGCAGCAGCGGCAACAGCGGCAAGGACAACAACGGCCGUCGCCCCUCGCGACCGCGGUGAUCACGGGGGCCGGGCGGGCGGGGUGGGGUUCCCCGGAGGCGUCGUGCUCUUCGAGGACGGGGACGCCGAGAGGACAGCAACAGCAGCAUGACGGCGACGGCCACGCUGCCGCCAAAGGGGUUGGAGCGGCGGCGGCGGCGGCCGUAGCGGGAGCUGCGGUCGAGGGUGCGGCGGAGUCGGCGAAGAAAGCGGCUCGGACGAGCGGUUUGGAGCACCGGAAAGCCGGCGGCAAUGGCGGCGGUGUUGAUGGAGAGGUGUCGGAAGGGAAAGCACAGGAGCAAGCGGAGGGGGAAAAAGGCAAGCAGCUGGCAGCGGAGGCUGGCGGGCGCAAAGCGGGCCUGGUCAGGCAGGGGUCCAAGCUGUGGAACAUGAUGCGGUGGGACAGCGGGGGGCGGGCGGGCGGGGCGGGAGAGGGGGGGGGGGACCCGGAGGCCGACAGGAAGGCGAUGGAGGAAGCUAUUUCUGCGGGAGGCGAUAGUCACGCGGAGGUAGCGACGGCAGAGUUCGACGUCUCCGUGAAGGAAUUCUACGAGAGGUUCGUCGCCGACGACGCCCCGUACAGUUUGCCGGACUUCCACAUGAGCCGAGGCGACUGGGAAGUGGACGCUAGUGAAUGGCAGCAGACGACAGAGGAAGGAGAAGGAGGGGGAGGAGCCACGGGUUCAACCAAGGGAAAUGGAGGGGGCGGCCUGCGGGGCCCCCGUCCUCCCGGAGGGGGAGGCGUAACUCGCGCCAUCCGGUUUAAGACGCCCCUGCAUAUCACUUUCAUGAGCAGCCCGGGACACGUGCGCACGCUGAAGCGGCAGCGGUCCCGCUUUUUCGGGGGCCAGGGCUGCAUCGUCGAGACGCAAACCACGGUGGAGGACCGCAUCCCGCUAAGCGACAACUUCCACGUCGAAGACCGGUGGAUCAUUCGACCAGCGGCGGACGACGAAGGCAGCGGAAGCGCCGGCAAGCCGCGCUGCACCGCGACGGUGACCUGGCGGUGCGUGUGGCACAAGUUUACAGUGAUCAAGGGGCUCAUCGAGGGCAAGUGCCGCGCCGACGUGAAGUCGUUCAACAUCGCAUUCCUUCAGGGAAUGCGGGAGCACCUGGAAUCCGAGGGGGCCCGUGGAAUCAAGCGUUGCCCCAGCUUACGGGAUGCUCUCUUGUCGGUCGGGUCCGGGAGGAGGAUUUCGAUAGACAGGUCCCUCUCCGGCCGAAGCCUGCUGUCGCCGUUCGCGGAUUCGGAGGAUGGAGAUGGCGGCGGCGGAGGGGGGACGGGGGACGCGUUUUUGUCGACGAACCGGAACCACGACGGGUUCGCAAAAGCGGCGCGAUCGUUCGACCGAUACCUGCCGGCGGUUCGGGUGCUGUCAAUCUUGUUCAUCCUGUACAUCUCGCUGUUCUGGGUGCGAUAUCAGAUGCGGGGCGGCGGGGGGGGGGAAUGGGGGAGGAAGACGGCCGGCGGUAGCAAUGAGGAGCUUAUGCGUCUGUAUGGGGAAUGGGGGCGCAGUAGCCUAGCCCUGCUCGACGUGCGAGAAGAAACCCGGCGCCUAUCGGGCGAUCUCCUCCAGCUAGACCAAGCCAUUGGCGCGAGCGGCGGCAGGAGAAAUGCCCACGGAGGGGCAGAAGCUCUUGACGAUCUGGGGUACAUUCUCCGAGGGAUGGAGGGAAAGGUGAAGAGAAUAUCGCAGCGGGCGGACGGCGCGCUGGCGGCCCUCGACGAAGCCGCCUCCCAGAUACGGGACGCGACGGCGGGCGCCGCGGCAGAGAACGAUCGCAACACUACUCCCUGCCAGGAUGUGUGUGCUGCUUCUGCUUCUGGCUCUGGUGGAAGAUCUUCUUCUUGAAGUGCUCUGCUUCUGCUUCCGAAAGAUCGUUCGUUCUGCAAGUGCAGCGGCAUCGCGAAAUUAAACAACACAGUUUUGUUUUUUUUUCGAAAGCGUUAUUUGUUUUACUCCGUGCCGUCGUUCAUAGAUUGUGUCACGUGCCGUCGCCCUAUCUAUUGAGUCGUCGCGCGCAGAGAUCGCAUGAGUUGGUCAUUGUAUUUUGUGUGUACCUCGCGUGUUGACCCCUCUGCUGCAUGUCGACGGCUUCUCUUGUUAACCUGUAAACGUUCUUCUUGGGGUUGGUGCCUUGCAGCCCACCCGCUGUAAACGAUUUGAUAUUCCCCCUUUCUGCCACGGGCAGAAGCGUGGGCUCUACGUCGGCGAUUGUUUCCGUCCUUCUCAGCCGGCCAGAAAAAAGUGUUCCUGCGAAUGAGAAAAGAGACGAGAAUUUUUCGCUCGGUUGUUGUUGCGUGCAGAAGGUUUCGUGCGUGGACCUUUGCCUUGGCACGGAGGGCACGAAAGCAAGGGUGGCGAGUCCACGGCUAGCGCCUAUUCAGCUAGACAAUGGAUGUUCAAUAAUAGCCGUGCUCCUCUGUGGUGAUUUGUGUGGGCGAGGAGGAGAGUGGGUGCUGCCGAUUGGAGAGGUCUCCGAGAGGUGGCUAGAUUAAUUACUUGUUGGGCGUGUGGUUUUCUCGUGUAUUAAAAGAAAGGCGUUUUUUGGGGUGCUUUUUUCGUUGCACCAUGCAAGGAACUGUUGUUGUUGCUCGGAGAGGGGCUGUACGGGGGCUUGCUCGCGGAGGAUCGUGAUCAUUUUGCCAAGGCCAGGCACGACGUCCCUUUCAGAUGGCCAUGGCCACGUUAGCGUUGUUUGAUCUUGUUUUGGACCGCCCCGUUGUUAAAGAGCCAGCCAGCCAGCCAGCCAGCCAGCCAGCCAGCCAGCCAGCCAGCCAGCCAGCCGGCUAGCCAGCGACUUCGGUCCUGGACUGAAAGAUCGACCAUUCGUGUGUAGGAACAACUGCGACGUGCUGAAUAGAUUCUGGGCCUCUUACGAGUACAACUUGAUGGACUUGUGGCGUGGACCUUCAAUUCAAACGCACCCGUGGACCGCACGUGGUCAUCUGUACACCCACGACUCCCUUCACGCACGUUCUAUGUACUGCUGUACGGAGAUUGAUCCAAGGUGCUUGGAAGCUUCGUGUUGUGUGGCAGUCUCAUGAACGCACUCCGCUCGGUGUGUUCCCUUUUACGAAGUAUUUUCUUGUGGUGCGGUCUCGUCAAAGAAGGAAGACUUGGCGGCUAUUUGCUUCGUUGUUGUGUACUCUUUGUGUUUUUUUUCAAUGUUGAACCGUGACUGACUGCUACAUCCGUUCGACGGGAUGCUGCGUUGAAGUCCUUUCGGUGGUUUUUUCGCUGGUCCCAUGGUCGGUCGUGAUUCGUUGGUUGGUCGACUCACACGACGAGCGGCUUCGUACCGUGAGGUGAACCGUCGGGUCCGUGCGUGCGCGUUGUUGUUGAUGUGCCACACGUGACUUGGUUUGAUUUUUUCAAUGAAAGGCAGUUAGUUGCCAGGGUUUGAAACUUGCUUGCUUCCC